GGUUAAAAAAGCAUCAUCCACGCCAUUUAUCAUCCAAAUUUUUGUAAAAUCAGCAUAUGUGUUCAUGUUACACUGAUGUGUGUGAAAGAUUGCUGUUGGAUCAUAAAGUGUUGCAUGGUUAGGUGAGGCUGCUGUGAUUUACUGCUGAAAGUAUGAGGGGUCUGAUAGAUGAACGCACCUCUGUAUGGGCAGGACACAUCACAGUUAAAUAUUUACAGAGAGGUGCCUAUCACUGACACCACAGCAGCAGGAGGGAAUACAUCCACACUGACACUCACCUGCACAGGCACAGGAACAGACGCCUAACCCGAACAAAGGACUCUGAGACACCAGACCCAUCGCUCACACUACUGUGGACUUUAUUUGACUGAAUUAUGUGUUCUGGAAAUUUCGCCAAAUGCCUGGGGAUAACCCUCAUCCCGCUGGCCAUCAUCUGCAUCCUCUGCAACAUUCUGCUGUUUUUCCCGGGUGGUAAGGUGGCCGAGAGCAGCGACAUCACGGACGAAGUAUUUUACCUCGGAGGAAUUCUGGGAUCUGGUGUGCUGAUGGUUUUCCCUGCACUGGUUUUCCUGGGAUUGAAGAACAAUGACUGCUGCGGCUGCUGUGGGAAUGAGAGCUGUGGAAAACGUUUUGCGAUGUUCGGCUCCAUUCUGUUCGCCGCGGCCGGAGCUGUGGGCGCCGCUUACUCUGUUAUCGUGUCUUGUGUGGCCAUUAAUCACGGGCCCAAGUGCUUCACUACCCAUCUCAACGGGACUUCCCUUAACAUCACUUACCCAUUUGCAGACGGGAACUACUUGUCCAACAGAACAAUGUGGGAUAUAUGCGAUGGUCCGGGCGAUAUCAUCACGUGGCAUCUGACCCUGUUCUCAAUCCUGCUGAUCGCUGGUCUAGUUCAGAUUGGUCUGUGUGCCUUCCAGGUGAUCAACGGGCUCAUCGGCACCAUCUGUGGAGACUGCUGCGGCUGCUGCGGGAGCUCCUAAACCACUCAGAAUGGACUUGGAUCAAUGGAUCUUCAGGACUUAUCAUACAUCCAUGGCUGUAAUUGUCAACAGUUUUUCACCUCAUUAUUUGUAUUUAUACUGUUCAGAUGGAUGUUGUUUUCUUCCGUGUGUCAUCUGCCUAAUGGCUGAUGAAGGCAUGAGCAAUUUUUAUAUAUUGUUAUAUAUAGCCUAUGGAUUUAUAUGAUAUAGGAUAUUGAUUUAUAGUGUAUUGAUAUGUAUUGUAAAGACUAUUGAAUAUUUAUUAAAACUGUAGGAGAACGUUAUUUUCGUACAAGUAUUUAGUCUUUUUUUAAUGAUGGAUAAAUGCACCCUGCAAAUAUAAGGAAUAUUUGAUAAAAGAUAACAGGUUUUAUCUCAGUAAAACUGGUUGAAAUGUAGUAAAAGAAUAUUUGACACUUAAUAAACUCUUGAUUGAAAAAGCUGUCCUUGUAGCAACUUGGGCUUUUCCGUCUCACUCAGCAAGAUUUUUGCGAUUUUGACUGUUUUAGAAAACAGGAAGCAGCAGAACGGACGGUGAGAUCUGGGAAGUGCCCUGAGAGACUCUGGAGAGUUCAGGGUUACUUCAUAAACAACAGCUGGCCUGCUGAAGAUGAUUUGUGUCCUUUUUUUUAAACUAAAUAUGCAAAGAGCGUGCAAUAACAUGAUGCACAAGCUGAAACUGCACUCCCACAUUCUUGAUAAAGAGUUCUUAUGCAAUGUUAUAACUUAUAUCCGAGUUACUGCUUUCUGGGUAAUUUAAAUGUUUGUUGUUCUGCCAGUGUGAUGUUGAUAUGUUAUCAGAGGUUUUAUGAGGGGAAUGUUAUUUUAUGAUGGCUUUAUAGGAAACAGUUCUCAUCUUCACACAAGAAUGAUUAACUUCAUGCUCUAUGAUGCAUGAGACUGAUGCUUUAUUACUGAUAAGCUUUGCCCCGAUACGUUUUGUAGCAAACUAAAAAUAUUACAGCUGCAUGAUACAUUAUUUGAUUCUCAGUCGAAUGGAAACGGAAACGUUUCACAGCGAAUAGUCAAACCUGCAAAUCUCACCUAAUAUCACAGUAACAACAACAUUAUAUAAUUACAAGCAUCUUCACAAGACAAUUUCCCAUUAAGGGCAUGUAGUACAUAUGCAAAUAUACAGUAAUAUAAACACGUGAUUAACUUUAACUGUGUACACCAACCUCAGUAAUAGAGAAUAACUCUAGAACACAUGCUGAGGUGAUGCUGAGUCCCCUGGUGGACACCUGAAGAAUUUGGGCA